AUGGCUGCUUCCCUCGUCCGCACCUCUGCCCGUACGGCCCUGCGCGCCGGAGCUUCGGCUACUCCCAGAACUGCCGGCAUGGCGGGCUUGACCUUUGCCCGCGGCAAGGCUACUCUCCCUGACCUGUCCUACGACUAUGGCGCUCUCGAGCCCUCCAUCUCCGGCAAGAUCAUGGAGCUUCACCACAAGAACCACCACCAGACCUACGUCAACAGCUACAACACUGCCAUUGAGCAGCUCCAGGAGGCCCAGCACAAGAACGACAUUGCGGCCCAGAUUGCCCUCAAGCCCCUGAUCAACUUCCACGGUGGUGGUCACCUGAACCACACCCUCUUCUGGGAGAACCUUGCUCCCAAGAGCGCUGGCGGUGGUGAGCCCCCGUCCGGUGCCCUGUCGACUGCCAUCAACGACACCUUCGGCAGCCUGGAGGAGUUCCAGAACAAGAUGAACGCUGCUCUUGCUGCUAUCCAGGGUAGCGGCUGGGCCUGGCUCGUCAAGGACAAGCAGACCGGUCACAUUGGCAUCAAGGCCUACGCCAACCAGGACCCCGUUGUCGGUCAGUUCCAGCCCCUGCUGGGUAUUGACGCCUGGGAGCACGCCUACUACCUCCAAUACCAGAACCGCAAGGCCGAGUACUUCAAGGCCAUCUGGGAGGUCAUCAACUGGAAGGCCGUGGAGAAGCGCUUCUCCGCCUAA